AUGGCGGACUCCGAGCUGACUCCCCCUCCAGUCAAGCCGCCGCUAUCGAACUCCUCCGCGCCGAGGCACCAGGAACCGUCGCCCAUCGACCUCGACAAACUGCGUAAAUGGCAGGAGGAGCGCAUCUCCCGCAAGCUGCGCGGCGAGUACGAAAGCGCCGUCCUCCAACUCGCGGAAGUCGUGAACAGUAACCUGUCCACGCCCCUUCGGAUUGCCUCAGUUCGUGUCGACGGCGCAGUCAACACACGCAAGUCGUUCCUCGGCUCUCUCAUCAAGCCAAGUCUCCCCACGAGCAACUCGCCAUGGGUAGACACACAUUCGACACUGGCGGAUGUCUUGCACACGACGCGGCGCAUCGGUAGCCUAUUGCAGGAGACGGACAUUUUCCAGACCGUCGAGGCUAAACUUGAGCGCAGCCGGGACAUCCUUGCCCAGCCGGGAGACGUGGACAUCGUCUUCAAAACGCGUGAAAAGGGCAGGUUCUACCUGAACACCAGCACACAAGUCGGGAAUAACGAGGGCGGCGCGAGCGCGACCUGCCGCAUGCGAAACGCAUUCGGCGGUGCAGAAACGUUCGAGGCCAACCUCGCAUUCGCGACCAAGACACGCGUCUCGUUUCAUGCAGACCUUUCCGUCCCACUCACGCGUACGCUCAAGACUCGCGGCGAGGUAUCGCUCUUUGGCCUCGAGAAGGACAACUCGAGCUACGCGAGCAGCUCCGAAGGUGUGCGCGGAUUCCGAGCCAUCGUCAGGAAUGGCACGCUCGUCGGUGGGAUGCAUGAAUUCGCGUAUGAGGCCGUUCUCAGGCACGUCGGGAACCUCCUUCCCUCUGCGUCUAUCAGCAUGCGCGAAGCGGCGGGGCAGAGCAUCAAGUCUGCUGUGUUGCAUUCAUGGGUUCGCGACACGCGCGACGAUAAGCUUCUCGGCACGCGCGGUUCGUAUCUCAAGUUCAUCCAGGAACUUGCCGGUUUAGGCGGCGACGCUUCUUUCUACAAGUCAGAAGCGCACGCGCAGCUGUCGAGAUCGCUGUUCCCAGGCACUACAAUCUCGUUCGCCGCACGCUCCGGACUGCUUUGGGACAUCGCACGCCCGGUGCCGUUUUCGGACAGGUUUCAGCUGGGUGGGCCAACGAGCCUGAGGAUGUUCAGGGCGAAUGGAAUGGGACCGAGGGAUGGACCCGAUUCGCUUGGAGGAGAUGUAUACUGGGCGGCAGGUAUCAGCCUGAUUUCUGACAUUCCCAGGAAGUCCCAUUGGCCAGUCAAGCUGCACUCGUUCGUCAACGCCGGGCGGCUAACCGUGAUGGAUAAAACAAAAACGGUCGCAGAGAACGUCUGGAGCCAGAUUUCCAAGCCGUCAGUUUCUGCGGGAGUGGGCCUGGUGUACAAACUGGAGCCGGUGCGGGUGGAAGUCAACUUCGGGAUGCCCCUGGUAGCAAGUCGAAGUGAUGGGCUGAGAAAGGGGUUCCAAGUAGGCAUAGGCCUGGAUUUCUUAUGA